AUGCGCCUAGAAUAUGAUUUUAACUAUAUUCAAUAAUAAAGUCGAUAAGAAUUAGUCUUAGAAUUAAAUACUGAAGCAUAUGUGCAACGCCAAGUUAAAAAGCUUAUUAAAUAGAAUAAAAAUAAUUUGGUUAAAAACCUUAAAAUUUGCAAUUGCAUUCAUAAUCUUUGCUUUUUCUUUUUAGAGCUUAUAUAAAAUUAGUAUGCAGGUCUUUUUUAUCCAACAUUAGCUAAUACAAAUACUUAGGAUAUUUAGUUUUAUUAUAGUUUUGCUUUCAUUAUUCCCUUAAAUUUUUUUCUACCCAUUCUCUUUGGCUAUGCAAGAGAUUUUGUAAAUCAAGUAGUAACUAUAAAAAUAUCUUUCGCCUUAGUGUGUUUAGGAAUAUUGCUUUAAUAUUUUUCAUUGUGUUAUGGCUUGAUUUAGUCUUCCAUGGUUGGUGUCUUUCUGUUUAUGAUAGGAAAAGAGGUGUUCUUUGUUGCAGGUUUAACUUUGAUAUAUGAUUAUUAUCCUAAAAUAGAAAAUUAUUCAGUAGUUGUAAGUUCUUAUUGUGCCUAUGGAUGGAGUUUACCUCGUAUUUUGGCAAAUAUUUUAAUGCUUUUAGUUAACUAGAUCUAAGGAGCUCCUGAAUUAAUUUAUCAAUCCAGACAUUUCAUUUUCUUAAAUACAAUUUUACUACUAUUCAUAGAGAAAGCCUUUUUAAAUUAGAUUAAUAAUUCUCAACAAUAAUUAGAAGAUACUGAAGAAAUUAACAUUAGAGAUUAUAAAAAUCCUUUUAGAAAGCACAAUUUGUUUUUAACUUUGAAAAAAUAUCUCUAAAGUUAUGAAUUCAUGUAUUCCAUUUUUUCAGUUUCUAUAAUUAUUGGCCUCCAAAAUACUUAAUUUGUAAGCAUUUUUAGCUAAAACUUGAUAAAUUACCUAAAAAAUCAAAAUAACAACAAUGAUGAAACAAUUGUCUCAUCUUAGUACAUUUUAAGUUUAAUUUAAGCAGCAUCUCAGUUAUUCUUUAGCCUUCAUCUUGCAAAAAUAUUUAAAAGGAAUUUUUCAUUAAGCAAAGUUUUAAACGUUUAUUUAGGAUCUGGAUUUUGUUCAUUUGUAUUUUUUUUAAUAAGUUAUAUACAAAUAAAUGUUUUUAAAAAUAAUCCUUUUGUUUCUAUUGGAAUUUAAGCUGUAAACAACAUAUUUUCAGGAAUAGCUUUAGCACAAAGUUUUAUUACAAUUGAAAUUAUAGUAGUUUAUUAUCAUCAAGAUUAUAUGAUAGGAACAGGUUUUGGGCUAGCUUCUUCUUUUAUUAUGCUAUUUUGGACGCUUUCUGUAACCUUAGCCAAGUAUUUUAGCUAUGAAUACAUAUUAUAAUAUACAGCUGUAUUCUUAGGUGUCUCUUUUUACACUUUAUUAGCCACUAACUUAAUUGGAAGGUACAUUACCUAUAAAUAUUACAUUAAUAUAUCAAAUUGA